AUGUCUUCCAGAAAGAAGAAUAUCCUAAAGGUCAUUAUCCUAGGUGAUUCCGGAGUGGGUAAGACUUCCUUGAUGCACCGUUAUGUCAAUGACAAAUACAGUCAGCAAUAUAAAGCAACGAUUGGAGCAGAUUUCUUAACCAAGGAGGUCACUGUGGAUGGUGACAAAGUUGCGACCAUGCAAGUUUGGGAUACUGCUGGCCAGGAAAGGUUCCAAUCUCUAGGUGUUGCCUUUUACCGUGGUGCAGAUUGUUGUGUUUUAGUCUAUGAUGUUACAAACUCCAAAUCAUUUGAAAACAUUAAAGCCUGGAGAGAUGAAUUCUUAGUCCAUGCUAAUGUUCCAUCGCCAGAAACAUUCCCAUUUGUAAUUUUGGGGAAUAAAAUCGAUGUAGAGGAGUCCAAAAAGGUGGUUACCACCAGAUCUUCCCAAGAAUUAGCUAAGUCGCUGGGUAACAUUCCAUUCUUCUUGACUAGCGCAAAGAAUGCUAUAAAUGUCGAUGAUGCAUUUGAAGAAAUCGCUCGAAGCGCUUUGCAACAAAGCCAGGCAGAUGCAGACGCCUACGAGGACGACUUUAAUGACGCCAUUAAUAUUCAAUUGGAUGGCGAACCUAGCUCCUGCAGUUGUUAA